GGGACUGUUACCCCCCUCCCUAUGGCAGGAGGAGCACAUAUUCCAUUGGAAAAUGAAAUACAAAGUGUUAUGGGGUCAAGCACACAUCCACAAUGUAUUAAACUGAUCAGUCCCAAAAGGAUUAAGGAUGGGUCACUAGGAUCAUCUGAUUUCUUAAACAGAAAAAUUUCUCAACUCAAUAGCUUAGGUUUGAAGAGAAAGCUUGAGUUAGAUGGAGGCAUUCCAGUUAAGAGAACAAGGACGAAUGAGUGUAAUCCCGAUAUUAUAACACAGAGAGGUCCGGUUUUUGCGAACAAACGAGAAAGACAUCUUCCUUGCAGCUUAGAUUGUGAUGCUGCAAAACAGAGGAAAGAAGACGAAAAUAUGGGUGUUUCUUCCCCUUUGAAGAGGAUAAGAAACUACUGAAGAUCUCAAGAAUGGAUGAUAAAGACUUAUGUAGGACAAUGUAUGAUAUGAAGCUAGUGAACAUCCUCAACACACCAUAUUUAUAUCGGAACCUGAUAGCAAGCACAGCCCCGCCAUUUCGAAGUUUCAAUUCAAUGCAUUUACAGAAAUGUUCCCCAAAAGAUCUCAAAUCCCUUCUCUCGACAUGUAAAGAUAGAAUCUCCAUCUCCAAAAUCCACACCUUUCUCAUCUCUUCCGGGCUAUCGUCCCACCCAAUCUUGAAUCCUCAAUUGAUUUCAGCCUACGCGGAAGCCGGCCACACUGAACUCGCCCGGAAGGUGUUCGACGAAUUGCCCCAGAGAAGAAGAAGCAUCUGCGCAUGGAACUCGAUGAUCGUCGCCUACUCCCGGAAGGGGUUCCCCGGCGAGGCCAUGGAUCUGUACGGAGAAAUGAUCUCCUCCGGGGCAGAACCCGACAGCUCAACUUUCACGGCCGCGCUCAAGGCGUGCGCGGCGCUGCCGGACUUGGGUCUCGGCGAGGAGGUCUUGCGGAAAUCGCGCGAGUGCGGGUACGGUAACGACGUGUUUGUGGCGUCCUCGGGGUUGACUUUCUACGCGAAAUGCGGGAAGAUCGAUGCGGCCCGUCUCCUGUUCGGGAAGAUGGAGAGGAGAGACGUGGUCUGUUGGACCGCCAUGAUCUCCGCCCUUUCACAGUGUGGGCUGCCGAGAGAGGCGGUGGAAGUCUACCGGAAUAUGCAGAGAGAUGGCUUGGAAGGAGACGAGGUCGUGAUGUUGGGCUUGAUUCGUGCCUGCGCGAAUACAGGGGAACUAACCCUAGGUUCUUCCAUCCAUGGUUACAUGAUCAGGAAAAGUCUUCCCAUGAGUGUUCAUGUCAAUACAAGCCUGGUAGACAUGUAUGCCAAGAAUGGCCAUCUCGACACGGCUUCUCGCCUGUUUGAGAGUCUCCAUUGCAGCAAGAACAGCUCUGUUUCUUGGAGUGCAUUGAUCUCCGGGUACGCUCAAAACGGACUCGCAGACCACGCACUCCGGCUCGUGAUCGACAUGCAAGGUCUCGGGCUCUCGCCCGACACGACAUCGCUCGUUAGCUCGCUCGUUGCAUGCUCCCACGUCGGUUUUUCGAAGAAGGGUAAAUCGGUCCACGCGUACGUUCUACGAAGGUUCGAGGUGGAUCGAGUCUUCGGGACCGCUUUGAUCGACAUGUACGCGAAAUGCGGGCUUAUCGCGUGUGCCCGUAGGGUUUAUGACAGCAUCGAGAUUAACAAGGAUGUGAUAUGUUGGAACGCGAUCAUCGCGGGCUACGGGAUUCACGGGCUCGGUAAGGAAGCUCUAUCGCUCUUCUCCGAGAUGAAAGCCGCGAUAGAGCCCGACGAUGCAACGUUUGCCGCCCUCUUAUCUGCGUUGAGCCAUUCGGGCUUGGUAGACGAAGGACGGUUUUGGUUUGACACCAUGGUCGAGAAGUACAAGAUUCGACCCACCGAGAAGCAUUACGCGUGCGUGGUUGAUCUAUUAGCCCGAGCGGGACUAGUCGAGGAAGCGAGAGAUGUGAUCGAGGGCAUGGAAAUUGAACCCACGGUCGCUAUAUGGGUUGCACUCUUAUCCGGGUGCCUCAACCACAAGAAAUUCUUGAUCGGGGAAACCGCGGCGAAUAAGAUCCUCGGGUUGAAACCGAACACUCUCGGGAUCUACGUGCUUGUCUCGAACUUCUUCGCCGCCGCGAAGAAGUGGGAGGACGUGGCUCGAGUGAGGAAGACGAUGAGAGCCACGGGCAUGAGGAAAACCCCCGGGCACAGCGUCGUGGAGGCGAACGAGAGACUCCACGCUUUUCUAACCGAAGACGGGACCCACCCUCAGCGCGAGGAGAUAGCGAGGACGCUGAGGAAGCUGGAGGACGAAAUGGCGUCUCUGGGGUACGCCCCAAAGACGGAGUUCGUGCUGCACAACAUCGCAGCGGAGGGGGUGAAGGCGGCGAUGUUGUGCAACCACAGCGAGAGGCUCGCCAUCGCCUUUGCGCUCCUAAACACCGCCCCGGGGUCGAAAGUGAUGGUCGCCAAGAACCUGAGGGUGUGUGGGGAUUGUCAUGAAGCAACCAAGUUUAUCUCCAUGAUUGUGAAAAGGGAAAUAAUUGUGCGUGAUGUGAAGAGGUUUCAUCACUUCAAAGAUGGAGUUUGCUCUUGUGGGGAUUAUUGGUGAGCUAUGGAAAGUGGGAAUACGGCCUCAUUUGAUUGGAUCAAAAUUUAAUUUUGUUAUCCCAAACAAAAUAAUGUUACAGGG